AUGGCAGAAUACACCAAAGAACAGGAGGAGUUGACGCUGUUUAUUUUGGGGAAGGAUAAGCAUGCGUUCUACGAGGUACUUCAGAUUGAAAGAGAGGCAUCGGACAACGAGAUCAAGAAGGCAUACCGUAAACUAGCCAUCAAGCUGCAUCCUGACAAGAACAAACACCCAAGAGCGAGCGAGGCCUUCAAGAGGAUAAACCGAGCCUUUGAGGUGCUCAGUGACGAACAGAAAAGACGCAUAUUCGACCAAGUUGGGCACGACCCAGAUGAGCGCCCAGUAAGAGACCCUUUCGCUUCAGGACGCUCAACGGCUACUGCAGGGUUCCCUCCUGAAAACAUGUUCUUUAGGCGAGCUCCAGGUGGGCAGCCCCAGGACAUCUUCGACUUCCUUUUCAAUGCGGGUGCCGCAGGCGGUGGACACCCUUUUAACAGUGGUUUCGGAGGACCUUUUGGGGGCCCUUUCCAAGGGGGCUUUGGAGGACCUUUUGGGGGCGGUGGAGCUACCACUUUCACAUUUGGCGGUCCAAACGGGUUCAAAGUCUACACAAAUGGUACACCAAGGGCGCGUGGCGCGCCUCGUGGAACUCAGCAACAAGAGCAGGAAGAUCAGCGCGAGGCCCAACAAAUUCUAAGAAUAUUAGUGCCUAUACUCUUUAUCUUGUUUUUGCCAAUGUUAGAAAGGCUUCUUUUCGGAUCCUGA